AUGUAUGCUUCUACUUCCUUUACUUCUCAACUCCUCCAUGAGCUUCUUGUUGAAUCUCACACGAGAAGGUUACUCUUCCAAAACCCGGUUGAUCAUCAAUCACUUAAAAUCAUCUCUCAUGUUUUCACAAACAACCACAAUUCAACAAACUCGUAUUUUGGUGCUCGUGGAUUUGAUUCAAAUGUUGUGAUAAUAAUGGUGGUCCUAUUAUGCGCGCUUAUUUGUUCACUUGUAUUAAACUCUAUCAUAAGGUGUGCCUUGAGGUUUACAAACGCAGCGAUCAACAACAAUGAGUCUUCUUCGAGUUUGAGCAGUGAUGUUUCACCUCAAUUAGCCAACAAAGGAGUCACGAAGAAAACUCUCAAGAAAUUUCCAACAAUGACAUAUUCGGCUGAGUUGAAACUAUCAGGUUUGGAUACUGAGUGUGCGAUAUGUCUCUCGGAGUUUACAAAUGGUGAAAAGGUACGCAUUUUGCCUAAAUGCAACCAUGGUUUUCAUGUGCUUUGCAUUGACAAAUGGCUAAAGGAACACUCAUCAUGCCCCAAGUGUAGACAAUGUCUUCUUCAAACUUGUCGAAAGAUCGGUGGGUCGCAAGUGCAACCAAUUGUGUUGCCGGUGCUAGAAACCAUUGUAAGGAUCCAACCACUCCAGCAAGAAGCUUUGGAACGUAACUAUAGAGAAAUAUAA